AUGGUUUCGGUUGUGAGCUGCGUGGACCAAGCGUCAGGGGACAAGGGCACUCAGGCAUGGUCCCUUCAUGUGCUUCUACAGGAGCUUAAAGCUACCUGGCGCAGCACAUGCACCAGGUUGAAGAAGUGGCACAAGGAUCCGACCACUCUACUGCCUUGCUUGCCAGCCGGGUUUGAAGAUCUGCCAGAGGAGAUCCAGGCCGCGCAUGGGAGCGCGAGGCCAGCAGACCCAGCGUCGAGACCGAUUCGCGCGGACGCUGUGGCCGCAGAAGCUUCACAGGUGCGCCUGCGACAGACACACGCAGAGCACCCGAACAAUCCUCGCAACAACUUGAUUGCACAGAACCAGGUUGCGCAGAGCAUGGCUAUAAUGCAGCUUUUGCAACACGCGCAACAGCCACCGCAGGGCCUACACAACCUGCAAUUGCUCUGCAGCCCUUGGAACGAAGCGAACAAACCCGAAGAGGAAGAGGGUAAGGCCCCACGAGCUUCCAGUUCUCUGGGACCCGAGAAGGGCAACAAGGUCGAAGAGGUCAAGGCCCAGCGACCCGAGAAGGGCAACCAGGUCGAAGAGGCUGAGGAAAAGUUGGUGUCUGCCAUCACUGGCCACACUUCCGAAGAGAAGACAUCCCAGGCCAUCACAAACGCAGAGACGUUGCAGAGCAAGAACAAGAGAGACGGGCAGAAGGAGGCCGACGCAGAUGGGAAGGAGCGUCCUAUGAAGCGUCCGGCGCAGUGCAAAAGCAUGAAGCGACCGGCAAGCUCCAAGCCGAUGGCCAAACCUGCAAAGGUUUGCGCGGAGGCUGCACCGCAGGCAAACAAGCCCAAUUUUGCUUUCGAGGCAAAGUCAUGGGGAUCUUGUCGUUCGGAAUAUUACCGAGACAAGAGUUAUAUUCGCUACUGGGAUAUUCAGGAUUCGAAGUGGCGGAUGAUUAUAGGAUCCACAGACCAGACCAACCACGCGUUGAUCUGCGAGAAGCUGAUUCCCUAUGUGAAGCAGGGAAAGGGUAGGGAUGACCUGCUCAAGAUCCGCGCAAAGGGGAAGGAAGAGACGAGCGUAACCUCUCUCCUCUGUUUGCGCAUCCUACAGACCUGCGGCAAGCAGUUGGCGACUGAGCCUCUGUUACUUUUCCGCGUUGCGGCGGGCAAGGUCAUGGAUGAGGGAUAUGAAAUAGGUCCGGACCUUGUUGGCGUGAGCACAGCGCCACAGCCCUUGGCGGCUGUGGGAGAUCUCUUACCUGGGGCCCGCGCGGCUCUCAGAGAAAUGCUGCUUGUGGCGGCCCCAUGCCUGCAUCGCUUGCACGAGGAGGCGAAGCUGCAGCAGACUCGUGACAUUGCGCGAGAUAUUAUUUUCUGUUUAGACACGGACAAGGACCUCCUCUCGCAGGAAGAAGAGGAAGAAGAAGCGGAGCGAGAAGGAGACUCCUCAGCAGAGUCUGAGAAGUCUUCAUCGCCGGACAAGCCUUUGCUGCGGGCAAGGGCCGAAGAGGACCGCAAAGACAAGGAGCGCCAAGAGAAGGAGCACCGCCCGCAGAAAGAGAAGGUCAAGAAAGAGAAGAGCCGCGAGGGCAAGGAGAGGGGACGCGACAGGGAGCGCACUGAGCAUCGUCACCGCCACAAGACGCGCGACAAGUCUCGGACAGAUCCGCGCACAUCUGGGGGACCUGCUCAGAGCGAGAAGGCCAAGCGCCGACCACAGUCACCAGACAAACCUCCUCCUGGCAGGGCUGUGUCGGUGGCCUCGUCGCUAGGAGGCAAGGCGCAAGCUGGGCGACAGCGCUGCGGUGUAUGCAACCAAUGGGUCACUAGCAAUGCUAGCGGCUUGAGCCAACACCAGCGCUCCAACGUCUACUGCCUCAGUGUGGCUCAGUGGUCUCGGCUGAGGCCGGAGGACCGGCUCCGCACAGGGGCUUGGGAUUGGUGCCAGAGCCAAGCGCAGCUGGCCAAGGACCACUGGGACGCGGGUGGUGUUCAAGCCGAGCGCUGA